AUGAUUAGCAAGCAAUCGCGGUUAUUCAUCCGUAAUAAUGGAGAAACAUUCCACGAUUUUCUUAUACAAUAUUUCCGUUCAAAGAUGAUUAGCGCACUUUCUCGCUCUAUUAGACUUUCUGCUGCCAGAAUCACCCCUGUUGCUAGGGCUGGUUUUGCUACUAUUCCUGGACGCGUACCUCUCGAAGAGCACGAUCCUGAACUUUUCGAUUUGAUCGAGAAGGAGAAGAACCGAUCUUGGAAGUCGCUGGAGAUGAUUGCUUCUGAGAACUUCACUUCCAGAGCUGUUAUGGAAUGUUUGGGUUCUUGUUUGACGAACAAGUACUCGGAGGGAUAUCCGGGUCACCGUUAUUACGGAGGUAACGAGUACAUCGACCAGAUCGAAGAGUUGUGCAAGAAGCGUGCUCUGGCUGCUUACCAUUUGGAUCCUGAAAAGUGGGGCGUGAACGUUCAGCCCUAUUCCGGAUCUCCUUGCAACCUGGCUGUGUACACGGGUCUGUUGAAGCCUGGUAGCCGAAUGAUGGGUCUGGAUCUUCCUUCUGGAGGUCAUCUGACGCACGGUUACUACACAUACAACGCCAAGACGCACACCCGAAAGGCUCUGUCGGGCUCUUCGAUCUUCUUCGAGACGCUUCCUUACCACGUGGAUCCGAAGACGGGUCUUGUGGACUACGAUUUUAUGGAGCAGAUCGCUGGAAUCUACAGACCCCAGAUGAUCAUCUGCGGAGCUUCUGCGUAUCCUCGUGAGUGGGAUUACGCUCGGAUCCGUAAGGUUGCGGACGCGAGCGGCGCGAUCAUGAUGAUGGAUAUGGCGCACAUCAGCGGCCUGGUGGCGACGGGCGAGGCUGCGAAUCCGUUCGAGUACUGCGAUGUGGUGACGACGACGACGCACAAGUCGCUGCGUGGUCCGCGCGCCGGUAUGAUCUUCUUCCGCAAGGACGAGCGCGACUUCGAGCGCAAGAUCAACGACGCGGUGUUCCCCGGUCUGCAGGGCGGUCCGCACGACCACCAGAUCGCGGCCAUCGCCACGCAGCUGAAGGAAGUGGCGUCGCCCGAGUUCAAGGAGUACUGCGUGCAGGUCAAGAAGAACGCGAAGGCGCUGGCGCAGGCGCUGAUGGACAUGGGCUACACGAUCUGCACGAACGGCACGGACAACCACCUUCUGCUGUGGGACGUGCGUCCGCUGGGACUGACGGGCUCGAAGAUCGAGAAGGUGUGCGACCUGAUCAACAUCUCGCUGAACAAGAACACGGUCCACGGAGACAAGUCGGCGCAGUCGCCCGGCGGCGUGCGCAUCGGAACCCCCGCGCUGACGACGCGAGGACUGAAGGAGGCGGACUUCAAGAAGGUGGCGGGAUUCCUGGAUCGCGCGGUGAAGAUCUCGCUGGACGUGCAGAAGAGCUCGGGAAAGAAGCUGAAGGACUUCGUGGCCGCUCUGCCCAACAACAAGGACAUCCCUGUGUUGGCUCACGAAGUCGCUCAGUUCGCCACCUCGUUCCCGAUGCCCGGAUUCGACACGGAGACGAUGAGAUACAAAAAUCUGUAA